GCGGGGCUUCCCCCCUUGGCUGCCCGGUUGUCCUGAGUUCCUAGCUGGUGUCUGCCUCCUGGAUAAACCGGUUUCUGGGGUUAGAAGCCCCAGAACUCGCUUCAGAGGGACUCGUAGGUUCUCAAUAAAUGCGUGAUUGCAGGAGCGGGGAUACAGAUUGGGGGUGGAGAACGAACGGUGAGCGGGAAGAAACGCAGAAGUUGCAACUGUGUGCGUGUUGGGGUGGGGGAUCCCCCAAACCUCCAUUCCAGUAAAAGGAACAGCAGCCAGGUCUGGUAGGGUGAGACAGGGAGGGGCUCCUUCCUCUGUAAAGAUGGGUAGGUGGCUGGGGGUAUAAAGAUGCCUCCUGAAGCCCUUAGGGCAAGAUGGAGUCCAGCCGAGGCUGGGCCUGGGUGUGGUCAAAACCCCAGAGUUGAAGGCGAGUGACGUCCGGGUUCUACUGUUUAUGUCCUUUUGGAUCUCUAGUGUUCAUCAAUAAGGUGAAGAGAUAGAUAGCAUCUGUGUCCUUUCAGCUCCAAGGUUCCGUGAUUCCGUGCUUCUACUCUAUUUUGUAUUGCUUUUUUUUUUUUUUUUCCUGUUCCCUUACAACCAUGUUUAGUAAUGGUUUACCUCACACAGAGCUUGUACUUGGUGCUGGGGAGAGAGGAGCAUCCCUGGUUCAGAUGCCUGUCAUCUGGCUGUGGAGACAGCAGCACCGAUGAUGACAGCUACUCCUUAGAAUGGAACAGGGUUGGAUGGCCCCUCAGGUCAAACAGAAUGGGCUGUGAUCGGCCUGAUGGACCCACAAAGGCUUCCUGGGCAAAGUGCUCCUGAUCUGGGCUGAGACCGGAAGAGCCAGGCAAGGCCAUCUCAGGACCUGUAUAGGAGGAUGUGACAGGUUCAGGAGCUGCAACUGGGAGAUGAUGGAGUAUGUUGGGGUGCAGUGGAGAGAGGUGACCACAAGCCAGGUUUUGAAUGUCUUUGCCAUGAAAUUUUUUGUUUUAUACCGGGGAUCGAACUCAGUACUUUGUGUUUUCGAGGCAGGCACUGGAAGGCCAAGAAAUUUUUAGAUAAAUCUAAAAGUGAAUUAUUUUACAUAAAGCAGUAAUGUCCACAUUUCAAUUUUAGAAAAAUUGUUUUGGGUUCUGCGUGGUAGAUGGAUGAGAAGAAGCAAAUUAGGCGAUAAAAUUGUUGAAGUCUUCUAGUGAGAAUUAGCGACCCCUGAACUCACAUGGGCAGUGGGCAAUCUUGGGACUCAUUAAAAUGGCACUGGUAGGACUAUGUUGGUGCAAGGUGUUUGCAUUCUAUGGUGGAAAAGAUAUGGAGAUUUCAGGGUAGAGAGGAGUAGGGUGGGUGAUGAGGGGGUACAGGGAGCCAUGGAGAAGGGGCUGGGCAUGUCCAAUGCUGGGGUGUGGGGCUGGAGGCCACCUUGUCUUACUGGGUCCAGAUAUGGGACAUAAACUGCUCUGUUAGGGGGAAGACUCUACAGACAGGAGCACAGCAAAAGCUGUGUCCAACCCUCUUCCUCAUCAAGGCCUGAUGGAGUUGGAGGUUAUUGUGGAGCGCUGAGGGCCUGUGAGGAUUCCAAAUGGCUGGAAAGAGUCAAGGUUUAUGAAGGCUAAGUAGCAAGAACAUUUGCAAAGAGGCCUUGUAAGAUGUGAGUGUGGGGUGUUCACAGACAGGGAGAGAAAACACACUAUCUAGUUUAUAGGGUUCAGAAAGGGUCAUGAUUCCAGACCUGCCUCGUUUGAUUUUUUUUUUUUUUUUUUUUUUGGUACCGGGGAUCGAACUCGGGUCCUUGUGCUUGCAUAGCAGCCGGCGAAACCACUGAGCUAAGUCCCAAGCCCUCGUUUGAUUCUUGUAACAAACCCUUGGAGAGAGUUGAAAGAGACAGUGACCUCCACUCUGGAACCUGAGGCUCAGAGAGCUGAAGUGACUUGUCAGGGACAAGCAGCAGAUGGCAGGGCAGGGAUCCAGCCAGUGCUGACGCCGCUGCAGGAGAUAUCCAGGGAUGGAGAGUGGCUGGCCUGGUGACAGCACAGGAGAUGGACUGAUAAUGAAGAUCAAACAAGAGAAGCCAGAGCGGUUGCUGGAGACACUGGUGGGGCAGGCCACGCUCCCGGAGAAAAACAAGGAGAACAUCUGCCAGCAGCAACGGGGCCUCCAGUCAUGCCAGACCAUGGGGCGGCCGCGGGCGCUGGGGGCACAGGAGGAGCCCGGGCGUCCAGUGUGCAUUCCUCCCCCUGAUCCCGAUGGGAGGCUGCCAGGCCGGGCCCCAGGGACAGCCACGGGCCCGCUGAGCCCUGCACUUUCUGUGGGUGAGGGUCACUUUGUGUGCGUGGACUGUGGGAAGAGGUUCAGCUGGUGGUCGUCCCUGAAGAUCCACCAGCGCACUCACACCGGGGAGAAGCCCUACCUGUGUGGCAAGUGUGGCAAGAGCUUCAGCCAGAAGCCCAACCUGGCGCGCCACCAGCGGCACCAUACGGGUGAGCGGCCCUUCUGCUGUUCAGAGUGCAUGCGGCGCUUCAGUCAGAAGCAGCACUUGCUUAAGCAUCAGAAGACCCACACCCGCCCCGCCACCCACUCAUGUCCGGAGUGUGAGCGCUGCUUCCGCCACCAGGUGGGCCUGCGGAUCCACCAGCGUGCGCACGCCCGGGACCGCCAGGGCAUGCGCGCUGGCCUGCAGGAGGCGCUGCGGGACACGGCGGUGCGCAGUGCCUGUCGUCUGCGGUCCAGGCUACAGAGAGGGCGGCCCGAGUGGGCCUGGCUAGGGUUGUGCCAGGGCUGGUGGGGCCAACCCAGGGCCUGGACCUCAGUCCCCGGCACCCCAGGACCUGGCGGGGAGCAGCGCCAGUUCAUCUGCAAUGAGUGCGGCAAGAGUUUCUCCUGGUGGUCGUCGCUGAACAUCCACCAGCGCAUCCACACAGGCGAGCGGCCCUAUGCCUGCCCCGAGUGUGGCCGCCGCUUCAGCCAGAAACCCAACCUCACGCGGCACCUGCGCAACCACACCGGGGAGCGGCCGCACCCUUGCCCGCACUGCGGCCGAGGCUUCCGCCAGAAGCAGCACCUACUCAAGCAUCUGCGCACGCACCUGCCGGGCGCGCAGGCGGCACCGUGCUCCCGCUGCGGGCAGAGCUGCCCGAGCCGCGCCGCCCUGCGUGCCCACCAACGCGUGCACACCUCCGAGCUCCUGCGCCCUGGGCCCAUGCUCUUGGGCAGAGAGUUGUGCUCCAAGCCACCCACCGAGAUCCCGCGGGGCCUGGACACGCAGCCCCGCAGUCCUCAAGGGACCAGGGGUGAGCUGUGCGGCCGGGGGCGCUCGGGCCUGGCAGGCCCCAGUGAGCAGCGCCAGUUCAUCUGCAACGAGUGCGGCAAGAGUUUCUCCUGGUGGUCGGCUCUCACCAUCCACCAGCGCAUCCACACGGGCGAGCGGCCCUACGCCUGCUCUGAGUGCGGCCGCCGUUUCAGCCAGAAACCCAACCUUACUCGGCACCAGCGCAACCACACCGGGGAGCGGCCCUACCUGUGCGCUGCCUGCGGCCGUGGCUUCCGUCAGAAGCAGCACCUGCUCAAGCACCAGCGCGUCCACCGUGGAGCCCUGGCACCCAGGCCCCGUGCCUCCCAGGAGGAGGAGACGCUGUAGUGUGCAAGGUCCUGAAGCCCGAGGCAGAGAGGUCAUGUGUGGUGUGUGUGGGGACCCGAAAGGGCUGGAAUGCUGCCACUUCCUGUGAGACCCACGCAGAAGGUAGUUCUUCCAGGCACUGAGGCUUGAGAACAGAAUUCCAGCAGCAUCUUGAGGGCACCUGGCACAGUGCCCGGGUUGUGCUGAGGGAGGAGGUGAGAUCUGCACUACCCCUGGAGUCUGGGCACCUCCAAGAGGUGGACCUCAGGCCUCUCAGGCUCUGGUUGAGGAGGGUGUUGGGGUCCCCAAGAGAGGCUCCUGGUGUGAAAUGGCCAGGAUUGGUCAGGUGUAUCCCUGGCUUCCCACACAGGCGGCACAGUAGCCUGGGGACUGCCCAUGAGACAGUGGCCACAGACUCUGGAGACCAAGGAUGGAGCAGAGGCAGUGGAUAGGGAGGGGCAAGCAUAUUCCCAACACCAAGGACAGUGUUCACCCCUAAUGACCAUCCGGUAAAUAUUUCUGGAGAGCUGAA